UCUCUCUCUCUCUAGCAAUGAAAAAAAAAUGUCCUUGGGUGAAGAUUAAAAAAUACAUUUUUUUUUACAAGGAGGAAAAUGCCUUAACUGUGUUCCUAAUUUUCAGAGGCUCUGCCACACCUCUCGUGCAGGUGAGGCUGUGUGGGUGAAGCGCCGCGGCUCGGACACCCGCCGGCUGCUGCCGCAAGUCCGGCGCGUGCCAGCUGGGGGCUGCUCGGGCUGCUGCUUUGCGUGUGGGACUCGGAAGCAAGUCCAACGUCGUCCUCUGGAAGCAGAAGUCCGCCCCAUGUGGGUCCGUCUGUGCAGGGCGGGCACACGGACCUCGGCCACCGCCCUUGAGUGAGAGAGUUGGGGGGACUGGAGCUGGGGGAAUAGGGCUGUUGCCCAAGCAACGGUGUGAUAGUGGGGAGGGGCAACUAAGUUCUGUCUCCAUGGAGACUGUAUGGGCUGAAUGCCAACGUUACUCAAGGUGGGCCCAGCCUGAUGGACGGCGAGGUCCCAAAGGAGCCCGUAAAUAAAGGUUGGCUGCGGUGCUCUGACUGCAGAAUAACCCCAUAUUCCUGAUUCUGCCUCUCCCCAACUCCUCCCCCUUCUAGAAUAUUCAGGCUGGGGAGGAGGAGGGCUGUGGUGGAGGAGCUGGCUGGGGACUGUGCCCUCACCCGUCCCCGUGCCCCAGGACCGGACCAUGGCGCCCAAGAAGAAGAGCGGGCAGAGGGCGGGGAGCCGGCAGGUCGCGACGGAAGACAUCGCCGAGCCGCAGCUGUCAGAGCGUGCGCAGUACCUGCAGCGCGAGUACAGGCUGCUCUCGGAGCAGCUGGACGCCUGCCGGGAGCGCGUAGACCUGAUACUGCAGGAGAACGCCUUCCUGGACUGCGAGGCGCAGCGCCUGCGCGAGGAGAACCGGCUCUACGCCAGCUACGUGAGCGCGCGCGCGCAGCGCUGCGCCAACGCCAUCGUCCGACUUGAGGACCAGAACCGCGUGGACCUGACGCAGAUCCAGUGGCAGCGGGCCGAUCUCGAGUCGCUGUAUCACGGGCGCGAGGACGGGGUGCGCACGCAGCUGCUGGAGAUGGAGGCGCGUGCGGCGCAGAUGGCGCAGCGGGUGGAGGAACUGCAGCCCUACAAGGAGCUGCAGCUGGAGCAGCUGGCCCGGAUCCGGACGCUGGAGCGCGAGCUGCUGCACAUGAGCGUGGAGCAUACUCAGCAGCUUCACCGCGUGAAGCGGCUCUUCCAGGAAGACAAGGCGGCCUUCGAGCGCGAGGCGCGCCAGCGCGUGCAGUCCAUGGCGCGGCGCGCGGAGCGGGAGGCUGCGCGCGCUCUUGUCACGCACACGCAGGCCAUCAGGGCAGACAAUGAAAGGCUGCGGGAGGAGCUGCUGCGGCUGCUCAGCCGGGCCCAGCUGCUGCAUGACAAGCAGCGCCAGCUGCUGCAGCAGCGGGAAGAGCUGCGGCGUGAGCACCAGGACACAUGGGACCUGGCAAAUGUGCAUGGUUGGCUGCUCCGGGGAGCCAGGGGUCCGGCGCUGUGGCAACCGCCACCGUCAGCCUCUGGCCCGGGGUCCUUUGCCUACCCCGUCGGCCCGUCGCACACAGCCUUUCAGAAUCCGUCUCAGUUCUCUUUGACCGCGUUCUCCAGGAUCCCGUCAUUGAUCCCGUUGUGUGUGGGCUCCAAGGUCCCGUCGCUGGUCUCACUGAAGGAGAGUUCAUGGAUCCCAUACCAGGACCUGCUGCAAGCGGAGGCCUUGGUCCCACCCUUGGACCCCUCCCACCCUGACUCCCAGGUCUCAUUCUUGGCCCAUCCCGGCCCUGACUCCAGGGUCCCAUCCUUGGCCCCCUCCCACCCUGACUCCCGGGUCCCACCCUUGGCCCCAUUCCGCCCUGAGUCCCGGGUCUCAUUCUUGGCCCGCCCCCGCUCUGACUCCCGGGUCCCAUCCUUGGCCCCCUCCCGCCCUGAAUCCCGGGUCCCAUCCUUGGCCCUCUCCCACCCUGAAUCCCGGGUCCCAUCCUUGGCCCACCCCCGCCGUGACUCCAGGGUCCCAUCCUUGGCCCGCCCCCGCUCUGACUCCAGGGUCCCAUCCUUGGCCCACCCCCGUCCUGACUCCAGGGUCCCAUCCUUGGCCCCCUCCCUCCCUGACUCCCGGUUGCCAUCCUUCGCUCGCCCCCGCUCCGACUCCAGGGUCCCAUCCUUGGUCCCAGCUGGCCCUGACUUCCGGGUCUCGUCUUUGACUGGGUCCCGCCCUGGCUCCUGGAUGGGGCCCUUGCAGUUCUCCAGUCGAAGGAGACCGUGAACUGACCGUGAACUGACGCUGCAGAAGGCCAGGGUGGGGGAGAUUGGUGCACAGGACGAGUUUUUGGUGAGUGCAAUUGUUAAUAAAAAUGUGACCACACAUACA